AUGUCACACGUCCCAGAGGCAGAUAUCGAAGAUGAGCCCUCUGGCCAUCCUUUUGGCCUGCUAUCGAACCCCCUCAAAAUCAAACCAGUGAACGUCACCAAGCAAGUUGCGUCUAAAAAACGGGUCGUCUUCACCAAGCCCAUCUUUGGAGCUCUGUUGCUCGAGAACAGCGCAUCGGAUGCACGAGACCACUGUGCCAACGAGCGCACCUUUCUAGCAUGGCUCCGGCUCUCCAUGUAUCUCUCGAUCGUGUCGAGUGCCAUCGUCCUAUCCUUCCACCUUCGAGCACAGCCCACGGCGCUGGAGCGUCACUAUGCCCUCCCGCUCGGGAUACUGUUUUGGGUCCUCUCCAUAGGGACCAUCAUCAGUGGAGUUGCAAACUACAUCCACACAUUGGCCAAGUAUAGUCGGCGUGCUGCUUUGGUUCAGAGCGGCUGGAAGACACAGGUUAUCUUCUGUAUCGUUGCGGUUGUUAUUAUCGGGACUUGCAUUCUCUUCUUGAGUACUAACAGGAGAACGAUGUCUACUUAG